CAGUAGGCAGAAAAAAAAAAAAAGGAAGAAAGAAAGACAGGCAAAGGCAGGCUUGUUUCUCGCGCGUGUUCUCUUAUCCCGCGAGCCUGUCGAGUCGCGUCGAUCCCCGCGUGUACCCGCACGAGAUUCGCGAACCGUCGAUUUUCCUAACCUCUAAAACGCUCCGGAUUCUCGGAGUACCUCCUACGCGAGGACAAAUUCAUCUCUUGGACUCUUUCUCUCGCUCGUAGUUCCAUCUAUAUGUCCUCUCUCUGUCCUGUCUUUGCGCUCGCUCGCUCCCAUUUUCAUUCCUCUAUGUUUCCCUAUCGCCUUUAGCUCUUGGCAGAUCUUUAACAACCUCCCACCUUCGUCUCUCCGACUCCGACGUGCGAAAAGUGAGGGGAACCGUUUGGAGAUCGUUUGGACACGGUGAAAAAUUUGUGUGUGUGGAGAGAUUAUAAAAAUAUAGUGCGCCGCCGAGUUAAAUAGCGAGGAUUUGUAAUCGUGUACAACAGCGAUAUAUACAUAUAUACAUAUAUAUUGUUGCGCGGAGUGUGUGGUGACAAGCACGGUGGCAAGAUUCAACUUUCUGUCACGAUCGCCGAGUAAACAGGCAAAAUUUCGACGAUUUACGGUCUAUGAGCGCCAAGAGUCAGGGGGACCCUGGAGAAGAUCACGUUUCCAGGGUAAGAGCAGAGAGCCCUUGCAGCGACAUGAAGCGCGCAGCUGCAAAAAAGCUCAUUGAACGGUACUUUUACCAACUUACAGAUGGAUGUGGAAACCCUCAUUGUGACAAUCAGCAUUGUGCCUCGAGUGGCAAAGUUACUAAUCUUACUCCAAAUCAAGCAGCUGCUCAAGCAAUACAAUUAUUUUCGCAAGAAGCAAGACUUUGCGACGGCACACAACCCAGUAAAGUCGCUCGGACUACUAUAGAGCCAGGGCAAACGUCGUUGGCUAAGAGUCUACCUGUAAAAAGCGUUAAUCCUACAAGCUCCGAUGAAGGAAAACAAGAGCCAUAUCUUACAGAAGCUAAGCUUCUAGAUAUUAUAGAAAAAUGUAAAGCGGAAGAUUCAUAUUCUUUAUUAAUUCGUACUUUGGGAGAGGUAUUUUCUUCCGGAAAGGCAUUAAGUCUCAGCUUCCAAAAGACUGAGAAAAGUAAUUCUCCUUUGGCGGCGCUUCUCGAUCGAGCGCCAGAUACUUUAUUAAGGCCACCUGCAGAUUUAAACAAAGAAGCGGUACGAUCUCUUCAAGGAGAGGAUAAAGAAGAGGAUAGCAGUGAUCCAUCACCUACAGUUCCUAAUAAUGACGAUACUAGUGUUGACUUACCAUCUGUUCGUAGAGCUUUUGAAGCACUUUGGUCACUUCCAGGUGAAGUGUUCGAGUCAGCUUUGGUCAACGCAUUAGUCACUUUGGCAGAUGACAUAGAAUUAGAUCUGAGAGUAUUUCGCAUAGUACGCUGGGACAGUAUGGACAGUUUGUUAAAUGUAUUUCUCAUUGUCUUUGAAAUUCCGAUGCUCGGAAAUAGCGAAUAUUUGGAAUUAGCCCUUCAUAUGUUAUGUAAAGCAUUGAGUUGCUUACCGGUAGUGGCUCAAGCUAAGUUGGCGCGUGUUUGGGCCAAGCACUGCAAAUCACGGCUUCCAAAUCUUCUACAGGCGCUUCAAGAACUCAUCACUGUCAAGGUAAUAGGAGGAUCGUUCACGCGCGAUUAUUGCGUCCAAGAUGCGGAUACUAUUACCGCACCUACGAAAGUUAUGAAAAUUCUAUACUACGCGAGUAUGCUGGCUGGAGAAUUAGAUCCUCCUGAGCUGAUAUUGGGCGAUGAGGCCGAAUCGGCAAGUAGCGACAAAACUGUGUCACGAUCGGCGAUAUCAGGACAAAUUCCUCAGGAUCCGUUAGCGACAGAAUUAGGAAUUAACGCAUUAGAUGCACGUAAGCCAUUCAUACCAUUUACUGAUUUCUACAAUGAACCGCUUAGCGAUGCCAUAGAGAUGGACAAGGAUUUUGCUUAUUAUAAGAGUGAAGAACCGAUGAAAUUUAGUUUUAUGAAUUAUGCUUUUGUUCUUACACCAGCCACUAAAACUUUGGGUUUAUAUUAUGAUAAUCGCAUUAGGAUGUACAGUGAACGACGUAUGAGUUUUUUACAAACCGUUGUUGGGCAACCUACUAAUCCAUAUCUCAGAUUAAAGGUGAGGAGGGAUCAUUUGAUAGAUGAUGCAUUGGUGGAAUUGGAGAUGGUGGCGAUGGAAAAUCCAUCCGAUCUAAAGAAGCAAUUGGUUGUCGAAUUUGAGGGAGAGCAAGGUGUCGACGAAGGCGGUGUAUCUAAAGAAUUUUUUCAACUAGUUGUAGAGGAAAUCUUCAAUCCCGAUUAUGGCAUGUUUACAACCCAGGAAGAUACACAAAUGACAUGGUUCAAUCCGACGUCGUUUGAAAGUGAUGCACAAUUCACGUUAAUAGGCAUCGUCCUUGGCUUAGCAAUUUAUAACAAUGUAAUUCUAGAUGUACGUUUUCCAAUGGUAGUUUAUAGAAAACUGCUAGGUAGAAAAGGUGCUUUUGCGGAUCUCGAGGAUUGGAGUCCAACAUUAUAUCGAACAAUGAAGGAAUUAAUGGAAUAUACAGGAGAUGAUAUGCCGGAGACAUUUAUGCAAACUUUCCGAGUGGGAUACAGAGACGUAUUUGGGUCGUUAUCGUUCCACGAACUCAAAGAAAAUGGCGAUGAACUGUACGUCACGCAGGAAAAUAAAAAGGAAUUUGCCGACCUUUAUGCGGAUUUUUUGCUCAACAAAUCCGUGGAGAGACAAUUUAAUGCCUUCAGACGUGGCUUCCAGAUGGUUACAGACGAGAGCCCGCUCGCAUUACUCUUCAGACCGGAGGAGAUUGAGCAGCUUGUUUGCGGAAGCAAAAUAUUCGAUUUCGCCGAGCUGGAAGCAGCUACGGAGUACGAAGGCGGCUAUACUGUUGACAGUGAAGCGGUACGUAACUUUUGGCGCGUAGCGCAUUCUCUACCGCCUGAAAGUCAACGGAGGCUUCUUCAAUUCACCACCGGUAGCGAUAGAGUUCCGGUCGGCGGUCUUUCAAGGCUCAAAAUGGUCAUUGCCAGACAUGGUCCGGAUUCCGACAGAUUGCCAAUAGCGCACACGUGCUUUAAUGUUUUAUUAUUACCGGAUUACAGUACAAUAGAGAAACUGCAAGAUCGCUUAUUGAAAGCAAUUAAUUAUUCAAAAGGUUUUGGCAUGUUAUGAGCAUGCUGCACAUCGCCCCACUUUCUUCCCCAGUCUUUCGAAUUAUAUAUUCGAAGUUCACGAUAAAACUCGAUUCCUCUUUUGUCAUUUUGAUUGCAGCUAUACUAUUUGGAAGUAUCUGUCAUAAUAAUUGCAAAUUGUGCCAGUGCGUUUAACAUGGAAACAUUACUUGUUGUAAUAUGAAUCAACAACAAAAGGCUCCUAACAUUCUAAAAAAUUUCAACGAAUCAAAGAGAGAGAAUGAGUCCUUUGUACAAAACAGAUAUAACUUGAAAAACGCUUCACAACUAUUCUUGCAUCAUUGCAAGAAAUCGCUUGUACCAUACUGUGUACUUUUUCUAUUAAAGUAAAGAUAAUGAAGAUUGAUUUCAUUAGCUAUUUCGAAGUGAUUGAGAGAAGAAGUGCAAAAGAUGAAUGUGAGUGUAAAAAUAUGGAAAACCAAGCGAAAUCACAUUAUAGAAAUAAAUAAAUGUAAUUUUAGCAAGACAUAAUCGACAGAAACAGGAUGCGUUUCGGAAACUCGACGGUUGCAACCGUUACAUAAUUUCAUUAGAUGAUGAGGGUUAGUUUACAGAGUUGAACUCUUCUCUCAUUCCUGACAAGCUAAACAGAAAAUAAUCAUUAUCUUUUUUUUUUUAGAUAGUGAAUCGUUAAGCAUAAGUCAAUCUGAUUUAAUUUAUAUAUUAUUUUAAUUAAAAGCAUUGAACUUUAUUGAUUUUAUAAUAGAUUUAAUUUAACGUAUUUAUGAUAUUAACAAAUUGCACAAUACUUGGCUCGCAGAUAAGAGUAAAAUUGAUUUGUAUUUAUAAAUAUAAUUUUCAUAUGCAAACAAGAGGGGAUUUAAUUGUAUAUAAUAUAAUCAUAAAGUUGUUAAUCGUUUACAGAUGUACAAUCGUUUAGCUUCCUGAACGCAUCUGAUGCUGCAAAGCCGAAGACAACCCUUUUACAAAAAACACAUUGAGCUAAUGUCACUCUGGAAUUUUUCUUUUUUUUUGUAAAGUAAGGCGUGAAAUAACGGCGCUUUUGUAUGUACAUUUCCUUUCACUUUCUAACAUUUUUCUCAUGCAUCACGCGCGUCAUGAUCAAGUAUAGUAUCAAAUAGAAAUUGAAUUUGUAUAAACGUUUAUAAUAGGCGGCAUUUUUUCUCUUUAACGGCUGACAGACAGUCGUUUUAUUGUUAUUCAUGUGACAAUAAAGCUCUUGAAACAA